AUGUGCAGGCGCCGAGGGAAGUUUGAUCUUUCCCGCAUUUCCAUGGAGGGAGAUGUUGUCCUGAAUGGCUUAUUUCCAAUUCAUUUUAGAUUAAUUCAACCCAGCAUCUCCUUCAGGUCUGAACCAGAGCCACCUUUCUGUGAUGGUUUCAAUUCUAGGUCAUUUCGUUGGUUACAGACAAUGCUCUUCACUUUACAAGAAAUAAAUGAAGACCCAUCCCUUCUGCCAAACAUUACACUGGGCUACAAUAUUUAUGACACAUGCACCACUCCAGUGCAUUCUAUGAGGGCAGCAUUAAUGUUAGCUGGUGGAUCAAAUGAAGACAUCUCCAAUUACAACUGCAAGGGGACCUCAUCCAUUCCUGUGAUUGUUGGAGACUCUGGAUCCACCCAGUCACUGGUGGUGGCAAACAUAAUGUCACCUUUCAAAGUCCCAAUGGUUAGCUACUUCUCAUCUUGCACCUGCCUCGGCGACAAGAGCGAGUUCCCGGCCUUUUUCCGCACGAUACCGAGUGACACUUACCAGGCCCAAGGUAUGGCCCGGCUGGUGCACCGAUUUGGCUGGACAUGGGUGGGUUCAGUGGCCGGUGAUGAUGACUAUGGACGCAAUGGCAUUCAAGCAUUCAGUGAUGAAGUCAGAAGGCUGGGGAUAUGCAUUGCCUUUACUGAAAUAAUUCCAAAAAUAUACACCAGGCAAAAGAUCCUUCAAAUUGCAGAGACGAUUAAAGCAUCGACUGCCAGGGUCAUCGUCAUUUUUGCCAUUGAGGGAGAUGCAUAUCCUUUAAUCCAAGAAAUCGUGAGACAAAAUAUCACUGGUGGGACAAUAGGGUUCGCAAUUCGCAGAGGUGAGAUUCCGGGCCUGAGGAAUUUCCUUCUUGAGGCUCAUCCAUUCAAAACUCCAAACAAUAUCUUUGUGAAUGAGUUGUGGGAGACGAUAUUCAGGUGUUCCAUUAACAGCUCAGCUGAGCGUAAGGGGCAGGGGGAAGAAAUGUCAUCCCUAAAGGAAUGCACGGGGCUGGAAGAAUUAAACAGCACCUACAAUAUAUAUUCUGAUGUAUCAGAAUUAAGGAUUUCAUACAAUGUGUAUAAGGCUGUGUAUGCGAUUGCUCACGCCCUUCACAAAUUACAUACAAACAAAAGUAAUGGAGGCCUGUUUGACAAUCGGACCUACGCAGACAUCUUCAAUCUUCAACCAUGGCAGCUUUUACAUUACCUGAAGGGACUGAGAUACACCAGUAAAGAGGGAGAAGAGAUUUAUUUUGAUGAGAAUGGCAAUAUUGUGGCAACGUAUGACAUUGUGAACUGGCAGAGGAUGGAAGAUGGAUCAGUCAAGUAUGUGCAUGUGGGUCGUUACGCUGCAGCUUCGGCAUCAGGCCAUGAUCUCGAGCUGGAUGAAAAGGCUAUCGUUUGGACCAGUGGAAAGACUGAGGUUCCAGAGUCAUUCUGCAGUAGAAGCUGUCCCCCAGGAACAAGGAAAGCAAGUCGGACCAGAGAACAGAUCUGCUGCUUUGACUGCCUGGCAUGUGCUGAUGGUGAAAUUAGCAAUGAAACAGAUUCUCUCAACUGUAUUCCGUGUGCACCAGAAGACUGGCCCAACCCAAUGAGGAAUGAGUGCAUCCCAAAACAUCUGGAGUUCCUGUCAUUUGAUGGUACCAUGGGGAUCACCUUGACAACUGUGUCCCUGUUGGGAGAGGUCAGCACAAUGGGCGUGGUGGGAGUGAUCUGGUACUACAGGAAAACCCCCAUCGUCCGAGCCAACAACUCCGAGCUCAGCUUCUUGCUUCUCUUCUCUCUGGCUCUGUGUUUCCUCUGCUCCUUGACCUUUAUCGGGCAGCCCUCAGUCUGGUCCUGUGUGCUCAGGCACACGUUGUUCGGCAUCAGCUUCGUUCUCUGCAUCUCCUGUGUACUGGCCAAGACCCUGGUAGUGCUGAUAGCAUUUAAGGCAACUCUCCCCGGCAGCAAUGUGAUGAAAUGGUUCGGGACCCUGCAGCAAAUCCUGGGGGUCUUGGUCUGUACAGCAGUCCAGCUGGUGACCUGCCUGGUGUGGCUGCUCCUUGCCCCCCCAUUCCCAGUGAAGCAGACCAAGUACUAUAAGGAGAAGAUUAUCUUUGAGUGCGAUUUAGGCUCGGUGGCUGCCUUCUGCUGUGUACUGGGUUACAUUGGCUUUCUGGCAUGUCUCAGCUUUGUUCUCGCGUUCUUGGCUCGGAAACUCCCCGAUAAUUUCAACGAAGCCAAGUUCAUCACCUUCAGCAUGCUGAUCUUCUGUGCGGUGUGGCUGGCCUUCAUACCAGCCUAUGCCAGCUCUCCUGGGAAGUACGCCGUGGCUGUUGAGAUCUUUGCCAUUUUGGCCUCCAGCUUUGGCCUACUCAUCUGCAUAUUUGUUCCCAAAUGUUACAUCAUCCUGCUAAAACCAGAGCAGAACACCAAGCAAUAUCUUACGGGCAGAACCUUUCCCAAAAAAUCCAUUUAG